UCCAGCCGCCGCACGCCGCCGGCAAGCGAGGGGCGAGAGAGAGAGAGAGAGAGAGAGAGAGAGAGAUGGCGCUGACCAACUUCGUGCUGACGGUGGCGGCGCUGGGGGCGGCGGCGCUCCUCUUCACCACCGACAUCCGCAAGUCCGGCGCCACGUUCCGCCGCAACGCCCGCCAGAUUCGGGCCUGGCUCGAGGAGGAAUCCGCCUCCGCCGCCUCCAGGUCAGCAAAAGACGCGCCUCCCAAGAAACUGAACGGGGAGAUUCCAAAGGAGAAGCCAAAGGAAGAUGGGCACUGAAAUGUUUUGGCGAUGUGUAGAUGUAGAAAAUGAAUGUAGCAACUAAUUGGCGUUUCUUUUCUUCUUGAGGACCUUAAGAUCUAAAGCUCGUAAAAUAAGGUGCACUCUAAUACUACCGCCAUCCCAAAAUAUAAGGGAGGUAGUUAAUGUGUGGACAGCUGUAUAUUUUAUCCAGUGCAGCAGACAUGAUUGUUUCCUUCUUCA